CCUUGCUACAGCUCGAAAUGCAAAAAUCACAAAAUGAAGCUGCGUGUGAGGAUCUGCGUGCUCGCAUCCGAGAGCUCUGGGACAGGUUGCAAAUACCAACAGAAGAGAGACAAGCUGUGGCCCUGGUUGCAACUGGUUCGAAGGCCAAGGUGAAGAAAGCGCUGCAACUAGAAGUGGAUCGUCUGGAAGAACUAAAAAGGCAAAACAUGAAGAAAGUGGUGGACGCAAUACGUGUGGAGCUGGCUCACUACUGGGACUUGUGUUUUUAUAGUCAGGAGCAGAGACAGGCUUUCGCCCCAUACUAUGACGAGGAGCCUACAGAAAAUCUGUUCCGGCUCCACGAUGCUGAGAUUGUGCGGUUAAGAAACUACUACGAGGUUCACAAAGAUCUCUUUGAAGGUGUCCACAAGUGGGAAGAAAGCUGGAGGCUUUUCUUAGAGUUUGAGGUACUGCCCUAAUUUUUCCGUUUUCCU